AUGCCCCGUGUCGCAAAUAAGGUGCAUCGCCGUUCCAACGGCAACACAACUCCUCACAAAAAUACCCCAGUCAAGAUACCCCUCAACGAUGAUGAACGCGAGAAGGCAGCGCGCAUGGAGGCUCGUCAGGCACUUCAUGAUCGCCAAAUGAGUCAGAUCAAAGCUGCAGUCAAGACGCCUAUGCCACCCCGUCGAUACACCAACUACGAUCGUGAAGACGACGAUAGUCCCUCAACUCCCCGAGCAUCCAGUCAUCGUGGCCGCACCAGUGAUGUAAAUGGGCGCGCAGUAACGCCGAUGAAGCGCGUGCCCAUUUUGGCGAAUUUCGAGGAGUGGAUGAAAAUGGCGACCGAUAAUAAGAUCAACGCGAAUAACUCGUGGAACUUUGCGCUGAUUGACUACUUUCACGAUAUGUCACUGUUGAAGGAAGGAGACGGCGUGAAUUUCCAGAAAGCCAGUUGCACCCUGGACGGUUGUGUGAAGAUUUACACCAGUCGCGUGGACAGUGUCGCAACGGAAACCGGAAAGCUUUUGAGUGGAUUGGCCGAUAGCCGCGACAAGAGAGGGCGCGGAGAGGAAGCAGAAGAUGGGGAGGAGGAUGAGGAAGGCGAGGAUGGUCAGCCGCGCAAAUCGCGGAAGAAGACUCGUUCCCAUGAGGCUACCCUCGCCCCAUCGUUCGCAUCUUUGCAACUGAAGAAGUUUGAGCUAGAGUUCGCCGUGGAUCCGCUGUUCAAAAAGGCCUCCGCAGAUUUUGACGAAGGAGGUGCUAAAGGCUUGCUUCUAAACCACCUUGCUAUUGAUAGCCACGGAAGGAUUGUCUUCGACAGCAGCGACGAUGCUGUGGACGACAGCGCGAAGACCGCAGAAGAUGACCGUGAAGGGUCGAUGGAUCCUGACCAGCAAGCCGAGGACCAAAAGCCAGUGCAACAACCUGCAAGCGACACUUUUGAAGAUAACACCGAGAUUGAUCUCGGCUCACUAGCCAGCCAAUUCUUCCCAGAUCUGGAUCGUCUAGAUGAGCAAGAUAUUUGUCCCUCACUCAAGAACCUCGAUCUAGGUGAUCCUAGCGGAUCGCUGGAUCUUCCCCUUCUCAAAGCGCCCGAGGAAUGGCGACAAGACAAGAUGGAUGAAGAUGGAAGAACACAUGACGACCCAUCUGGUAUCAUGCUCGACGAUGACAACGCUGUUGGAUUUGACGACGAUGAUGCCACCCUAGCGGGCUUCGAUCUCAGCGGCGACACCGGGUUUGGGGAUGGAGGAGAAGCCUGGGCUCGGGAAGCCGCCUUGGAGCCUAUGUUGAAUGUCCACCGAGUCGCUCGCGAUGCGGAUGGUGAAGGCGAUGAUGGUGAUGAAGAUGCAUACGCGAUCUCUAUGUCACAUCAAACUAAUAGCCACGACCACGAGAAUAUUCUCAGUUACUUUGACAACGCACUGCAGAAGAACUGGGCUGGCCCAGAACACUGGAAGAUCCGAAAAAUCAAAGACAGUUCGACGCCUGCUACUUCUGCGCCCAAGCCGCGCAAGGAGAAAGAACCAUUUGAGAUUGAUUUCGCAGCCCCUCUGGAUCCUGCUAUCGCUGAAUUGAUCUACACCCCGGCUAGCUCUAACUCUGCCGUCUCAUUACCGAAGACGCAGUGGAAGACAAAGGGUCGCAAUUUGCUCCCCGAUGAUAAGCAUUUCAAUUCCCGCAAUCUCCUCACAUUGUUCCUCAAGCCAAAGGCAAGAAUGGGCUCGAAAAAGAUUCUAGGUAAACGCCCUCGGCAAGAUUUGACGGCUGGCAACGGCGAGAUGGAUGAGGCAUUCUGGGCGAAUCGAAAGCCCGAGGAGAACGCCAACGAGGAGGGCGCUGCUGGUGCCUAUGAUGCCAACUUCUUCGCCGAUGAUGACGGUCUUCCUUUCUCGAAUGGCAUGGAUCUCGAUGACGACGAUGACAAUCUGCCUUUCGCGGAUGCCCGGGAGAUGCUGUCUCCAGCCGCAGACGGACGUCCAGGCACCGCAGCCGGUGAAGCAGGAGGAGCAACUGGGCUCAGCGCACUAUUAAACAUGGUUGGCGCCACUCCUGGCCGACCCGGAGCUGGUGGCUACGGCUCACAAUUAGUGACACAAGGUGGUCGCCGUGCACGACCAGACUACGUUGCAUAUGCCCGUGUGGCGAAGAAGGUCGACGUUCGACGCCUCAAAACAGAGAUGUGGAAGGGCAUGGGCGAGCGUCUGGUUGAUGCCGUCGACUUCGCAUCAGCUUCUCAACCCGGGGCCGUGUCCAGUGAAGCCCCCGCGGAACCCGAGAGUGAAUCGGAUGCCCCUGUUCCCCCAACACCCAAGGCCGGGAGUCCACAGCAAUCCCCCGAUGGCAAGGACACAUCUGGUCGACUACGCUUUACGCAAAUCAUGAACUCCUUGAAGACGGUCUACCCCGCAGAAACCCUACGGGACAUCAGCACGUCCUUCGGGUUUAUCUGCCUCUUGCAUCUUGCCAAUGAACAAGGUCUCGUGCUCGAGAGUGAUCUAGGCAAGGUGGGCCCUAAUGCGGCUACGCUGGAAGAGAUCUUCGUCAGCAGGGAUACGCAUGCCAUCAUCGAAGAGGGUGGAAUGUGA